UUUCUUUGGACCACUCUUACGGGAAAAGAUUCUCCGGCGGUGAUAGUGAGAGUAUAAAAUGGUAGAGAUAUCGGAGGAAGACAUACAAUUGAAUGUCAUGGAGAAAACGAUGCCACUCAAACUCUACUUCAUUCAUUUCCUAGCAGCAGGUCACAUGAUCCCUCUAUGCGACAUAGCCACCCUCUUCGCCUCUCGUGGCCACCAUGUCACCAUCAUCACCACCCCUUUCAACGCCCUAACUCUCCGCAAAUCCCUCCCCUCCCACCCCUUCCUCCGCCUCCACACAGUUCAAUUUCCCUCCCUAGAGGUCGCUCUCCCCGACGGCAUCGAAAACAUCUCCUCCGUCACCGACGCUGACCAGCUCGCCAAUGUCUUCCACGCCACCACCACGCUCCAAACCCCCAUCCAGAACUUCGUGGAGGAGAACCCACCUGAUUGCAUCGUCGCGGACUUUCUAUUCCCCUGGGUCGAUGACUUGGCCAAAAACCUUAAAAUCCCUAGACUUGCCUUCAACGGCUUCUCCCUCUUCACCAUCUGCGUCCUACACUCCUCUCACUAUUCCAAUUCUCUUCUCCCUCACCCCAUAACCCUCAACGCAUCACCACCGAAGGAGUUGACCCAAUUCCUUCAUAAGAUGCUGGAGACGGAGCUCAGAAGCUACGGCCUAAUCGUGAACAACUUCGCGGAGCUCGACGGAGAAGAAUACAUCCGCUACUAUGAGAAAACGACGGGGCACAAGGCUUGGCAUCUUGGGCCGGUCUCUCUCAUAUCGAGAACCCCUGAAGAGAAAGCAGAGAGGGGCAUGAAGAGCGUGGUGAGUAUACAUGAGUGCGUGAGUUGGCUUGACUCCAAGGCAGAAAACUCGGUGGUAUACAUAUGUUUUGGGAGCCUUUGUCAUUUCCCGGAUAAACAGCUUUAUGAGAUUGCAUGCGGGAUUGAAGCGUCGGGUCAUGGGUUCAUAUGGGUGGUGCCGGAGAAGAAGGGGAAGGAGAAGGAGAGGCAGGAGGAGAAGGAGAAGUGGAUGCCGGAGGGGUUUGAAGAGAGGAAUGCAGAGAAGGGGAUGGUUAUCAGGGGGUGGGCCCCACAGUUGGUCAUCCUGAACCACCGUGCCAUUGGAGCAUUCUUGAGUCACUGCGGGUGGAAUUCCAUCGUGGAGGCGGUGAGUGGUGGCGUCCCGAUGAUUACGUAUUGUCCGAACCCUUUCCGUUUUGAUAGAGAAUCUUCGUAUUGAUUGGGUAUAGGUAUGGAUAUGAGUAAGAAAAAUUUCCGAUUUUGUCAAUUGAGUAUGGAGAUAUGAUUGGGGAUAUACAUAUUCCUGCCAUAAUAUCGGUCCCGUCAUAUCUCCAUCAUCAUUUAAAUUAUUAAAAUAUUCACAAUUAAUU